AUCUUCUAAUUUCCCCUCCUGUUGAGCAGAAAAUCCCCAGACUUGUAACUAAUGAGAUACCAAAGCUCAAACACUUUUGCUUCGCUUAUAAUUCAAGCACACAAAACACUCUUGCCAUUUUCUUAUCAAUCAACCCUGAAAUAUAACACCAAGAAAAGAAAAAGAAAAAGACUGUAAGCGUGAGAGGAGAAAAAAUCAAACUUGGCAGUUGGCACACUGAGCUGCUUAGUAUUUCUUUGAUCAAAUUUUGUGAUAAAAGGUAGUUAAUUAACUGCCUAGUUCAGUUUCCAUGUGAAAAAAGCAAUAUCGUUUCCCUCCAGAGUUCGUGUUUGCUGCCCUUACCCUCUGGUUGCGAUUCGCAAGGAUACAAAGGACAAAAGGGUUUUGUUUUGCUACGUUUGAGUAAUCCCCAGGGGCAAAGGGUGGCCUCACGCUUUUCCCUUUCCCUUUUCUGGGUUCCCUAAGCAGAGAGUAGAGUGUAGUAUAGUUUUUUGGGUUCUUUUGGCAAGCAGAUAGAUCUACCAUAGCUCCUUUCUGGUAAGUUUUCCUUUUCUUCCCCCUACUGUCAAAAAAUGUUUCUUUUCACUCUUUUGCUUUCUGGGUUUGCUUGUGGUUGCGGUUUUGGUACUUGGGGUUUUGCUUAAAGUUGGUUUUGGCUGAGUUGUGGAGAUCUGAAAGAAGUUCAUUUGUGCUUUGGAUUGUUCGGUGCAGGAAUAGAUAGAUAAUGGAGCGUCCCAAAGGUUUCUUCUCUACACUCUGGUCAUUCGUAAUCUUUCUCCCUAUCUUCAUUGGGCUGCUCAUUCUGGGUAUCAUCAAGGGUGUCAUUUUGUGCCCAGUGAUCCUCAUUUUCAUGCUGAUUGGAAACUUUGGUAUCAUAUUGAGUCUCUGGCCCUUUCAUUUCUACUGGACAUACUAUUCCAUUUUGAGAUCUAGACAACUGGGACCAUUCGUGAAGCUUCUUCUUUGCAUUUGCUUACCGACUGUCUUAAUUCUAUUGCCGGUGUUCUGCUUUGCUGGAAGCAUUGUCGGUGGAGCAUUAUAUGGCUUACUCUCACCAAUAUUUGCCACUUUUGAUGCUAUUGGAGAAGGGAAGAGUGAUAAGUUAUAUCAUUGUUUCGUUGAUGGAACUAUAGACACCGUGAGUGGCUGUUUCACUAUUAUAAGAGACUUUGGUGAUGUGUGCUACCAUUCUUAUUCCUCACUCAUGGAUGAUCUUCAAAAGAAAGGGCCUGAAGAUGGAAAGUACUAUGAGAUCAGACUGCUUCAGCUUCCUGGUGCUCUAAUUGUUGGUGUGCUCGGUGUCUUGCUCGACUUCCCCAUGGUCUCUUUCAUAGCCUUAUGCAAGAGCCCGUAUAUGUUGUUUAAGGGAUGGCAUCGUCUGUUUCAUGACCUCGUUGGUAGAGAAGGCCCUUUCUUGGAAACAAUAUGUGUUCCAUUUGCAGGUCUUGCUAUUUUACUCUGGCCGCUGGCUGUUGCUGGGGCUGUCUUGGGAUCCAUGGUGUCGAGCAUCUUUCUCGGUGCUUAUGCUGCUGUGAUUGUUUAUCAGGAGUCCUUUUGCUAUGGACUUCGAUAUGUUGCAGCAUCAUUGGCCAUCUAUGAUGAGUACAGUAAUGACAUUCUUGACUUGCCGGAAGGAUCUUGCUUUCCCAGGCCGCAGUACAGAAAGAAAUCCGAGGGCACUUCACGCUCAGCCUCAUUUACGAGGCCUGCUUCAUCGUUCAAGAAAUCUUUCUCACGCACCAUUUCUAUCACUGGCCCUCUGGUUGAUGUGAAGCCAUUUGAGCUCCUCGAGAGCUGGUUUCAGAAUUGCCAGGUCCAUGGUGAGAAAUUUUUAUCUGAAGGACUUAUUACUCAGGAAGAUGUCGAAGAUGCCAAGUCUGGUAAAGGAAGCCGAGCAAUUAGCACUGGGUUGCCAACUUUCUGCCUUCUGCAAGCUUUGUUGAGAUCUGCCAAGGCCAACUGUGCAGGCAUUUUGUUGAGUGAUAAUGUGACUGAGAUAACAAGCACAAAUAGGCCGAGAGAUGCUUUCUUCGACUGGUUUCUUAACCCAUUCUUGGUCAUCAAAGACCAGCUUAAAGCCCAGAACCUGUCCGAGUCAGAAGAGGAUUACCUCUGCAAGUUAGUGCUGUUGUAUGGUGAUCCUGUCAAGUUGAAAACUUCAUAUAUCGGGCAACCACCUGAGACCGAGAGAAAGCGAGCUGAACUCGAUGCACUAGCUAGAAGGCUACAAGGUAUUGUGAAAUCGAUCUCAAGGUUCCCAACCGCUAGGAGGAACUUCCAGAACCUUGUCAAUAACCUAUCAGAGCAUCUUGCAAGGAAGAAUGGCAAUGGUCGAAAGAAAUUUGCUCGAUCGAAGAGUGCAUUCGCCAGGAUCUUCAGCCAGAGAUCUGUUGUCAAUGGGAAGCCAAGCUUCAGUCACAGUUCUGAUUCGGAUUCUCAACAGGUUUCUGCUUCUAGGGAGGUAGAUGUUGUAUAAUGGAUGACCAUGAUGGGGUUAACUGAUAAAUAACCAUACAUAAUUAGUCAACCUGUUAACUGUAUAUUUCUUCAUGGGUGUUUUAGAAAAUUUUAUUCGGACUUGUUUCAUUAUGGUUCCAGCCAAGCUACUAACCCUUGCGGUUUAGAUUAGGAAAGACAACAUAAAUGCAGAUAUUGUAGAUAGAUUAGUUUACCCUUCCCCCCCCCCCCCCCCCCCCCCCCCCCCCCCCCCUCUCUCUACUGUUUUCUGAAUGUAACAAAAUCCUAUGUAGUAAAAGGCAAACUAUUUGAAACAGAUUUGAGGACAGACAAUGCAAAAGUUCAUUACCAUGUUCCAGCUUUGGCUGCUAAGUUUUACCACCUUUUCUCAUCAUUAUUGAUUUUACUUGGGAUUAAUGCUAAUUUUGGCUCCUUGAACUCGAUACUUUCUCUAAUGAGCCCUUGAACUUUGCUUUCCACUCAAUUUGCCCACAAAGUUGGGGGCUUUUCCAAAAUCCGUAUUUAUUUUUGUAAAAUUUAGCUUAGUUUAUGUGAAGAUGUUGUCCCAGUUCGAUUAAUAACUCGGUAUCAAGAAAGUACAAAUCACCCUUAAGCCAGUUUAAUGAAGGGUUUGGUGAGAUGAACCUGAAGCUUACUUUGAGUGUCAAUGGUUGGAGUUGCUGGCUAGGCUCAUGAGCCUACAUUUUAUCACAAAUUUUGUUAACUUUGAUGAAAGUGAUCGAAUCAUGACUAAAAUAAGCUCAUUGCA